CUCGAAAAUUAUCCAUUUACUACGAUUAGUAAACAAGUAUGAAAUUGCUAAAAUUUUCAAAGUUUAAAUGAUUUUUGAUUUUAUUUUAUAGUGAACCACAACGGAAAAUUUCAGAUGUCCAUAAAGUUCCCAUGACUGACUAUGAUAAGUUAGUGGAUCAAUUCUAUAAGAGAUUAGCAGAGCAGAGGCAACACAAUCAAGAAAUGAAAGAACAUGAUCGACGAUGGAGCAUGCAGAAGGUAGUACGCCGGUUCCCAGGCUGGAACGAAAUUACCAUUGCAAACCUUCACAGUCUGUUCCUCCUCUUCGACAACCAGUCGAAUGGAAUGCUCGGCUUUGAUGACUUUUGUGCAGUUUUAGAAAGUCUAGGCGAUGAAACGUCAAUGGAGUCUAGAAGAGAAAAGUUUAUGGAGGCUGAUUCUGAUAACGACAGUUGGAUUACGUACGACGAGUUUUUGUCGUUGGUGUAUAACUUUAGUCCACAAGAGAAUGGUGAGCUGACUGGUCUGGCUCAACUUUGCAACGAAGUUGCGGACAACAUUCAAUUCGUAAGCAACUUAACAGUUGGCGAACAACUUGAAUAUGGCUUAUUUUAAAUAAAGGAUUUAAGAACUUA